AUGAGUCUGGUGGAGGAAGAAAAUGACUCUAAAAAAGAUCACAUCAACGAAAUCGUACUAUCGGAAGAAGUACAAAGAGCAAUUGAGCAGGUACUACAAAGCUCUGAUCCACUGGACCAACCGGAUUUCAAUCCCACAGAUUAUAUCAACCAGCUGUUUCCGAACGAACAAUCCUUAUCCAACAUUGACGAAGUGAUUUCGAAAAUGGAGUACGACAUCAGCUUGAUUGACGAUAAUAUUCGCAGCGUUGUACGUGGUCAAGUGAACACGGGCGAGAAUGGCCGUGUAGCUCUGAAGGAGGCACAACUCUCCCUCACGCAGCUAUUUACGCUCAUUACCGACAUCAAAAAUCGCGCAGAAAAGACCGAGGACAUGGUGAAGGAAAUAACGCGUGAUAUUAAACAACUCGAUUCGGCAAAAAACAAUCUCACCUACGCCAUCACAACUCUCAACCACCUUCACAUGCUCGUAGGUGGUGUCGAAAAUCUGAAAAGGCUUUCAGAACGACGACAGUACGGAGAAGUUCUCAAUCCGCUUCAGGCGAUUAUCGAAGUCAAUCAGCAUUUCCAGCAAUACUCGGAGAUUUCACAAAUUCAAACGCUCUCAGCACAGGUGCAGCAAAUUCAAUCCGAAUUGGCCACACAAAUUACCGACGACUUUAAGAAUUUUUUCUCACCAACGAGCCAUAGCAACACGAAUCGAAUGACGAUAACGCAGCUGAAAGAUGCAUGUCAAGUUGCUUCGGUGCUGGACAAACCCGUCAAAAAGAACAUUCUCAAAUGGUUCAUCAAUCUUCAACUGCAGGAAUACGUUCAGCUGUUUCACGAAAAUCAAGACAUUGCAUGGCUGGAUAAAAUCGAUAAAAGAUAUGCCUGGGUUAAACGACAUUUGUUAGAUUUCGAAGAAAAGUAUGGACCUGUUUUCCCGCCGGACUGGGAAGUGUCCGAGCGUAUCACAGUACAAUUUUGUACCAUAACCCGUGAAGAGCUGUCUAAAAUUAUCGCACGCCGUAGAACAGAAGUGGACGUAAAGUUACUGUUAUUUGCCAUCCAGAAAACGGCCAAUUUUGAGCAGCUAUUAGAUAAACGCUUCAAUGGUACCACGCUAGUAGAAGCCACCAGUGAAGAAGUGCGAAUAGAACGUGAUUCAUUCAUUAAUCUUAUCGGUAGUUGCUUUAAACCGUAUCUCGACAUUUAUACGGACAGUAUAGAUCGAGAUUUAGAAUUGCUCAUUGAUCAGUUCACACAACAAAAUCAACAAAUGGUAGUCCCUAAGGAAAUCAAUCCUGGUAUCAUACCUAAUUGUGCUGAUUUGUUUGUAUUCUACAAAAAGUGCAUGGUGCAGUGCAUGCAACUCAGCAACGAAAAACCGAUGUAUGAGUUGGUAUUAAUUUUUAAAAAAUAUCUUCGCGAAUAUGCUAGCAAAGUACUAGAAGCUCGUAUUCCGAAACCUCAACCGCCAAACUCAACAACAUCUACGAUAAGUUCCAGCAUGUCAUUGUUAACGAAAGACUUCCAAAACCUAUCCACUGCAGCUGGGCAGGUGAUACAUAGUUUCUUGAAGGAAGGUGAAACGCCGAGAUAUUCAACGGAAGAUGCUCGUAAAAUCUGCUAUAUCUUGGCUACUGCCGAAUACUGUCUAGAAACAGUACAACAGUUGGAAGACAAGCUGAAGGAGAAAAUUGAUAAACAAUUUAUUGCCAAGGUAGAUCUGGCGGAUGAGAAAGACGUCUACCAUCGUAUAAUUUCCAACUGCAUCCAAUUGCUUGUGCACGACCUUGAUGCCGCCUGCGAGCAGUCGUUGCUACUAAUGACGAAAAUUGCUUGGCACAGCAUCAGCAACGUGGGUGAUCAAAGUGGAUUCGUUAAUCAAAUUAUAACAAAUCUCAAACAAACGGUUCCGGUGAUACGGGAUAAUUUAGCAAACAGCCGCAAGUAUUACACGCAGUUUUGCCAUAAGUUAGUCAACUCAUUUAUUCCAAAGUACAUUAAUACGCUCUAUCGGUUGCGUCCAACCUCAUCUGGAUCAUCGUCCGCUUCAGGAACAGCGGCUUUAGUUGCGAGUGCCUCGAGCUCUAGUAUUUCCGAGGGGGCAAAUAAUGUAGCUUCCGCUUCAGCCAGUGGUAACAUUCUUGGGUGCGAGCAGUUGCUUCUCGAUACCCAUAGUUUAAAAACAGUGCUAAUGGAUUUGCCCUCGAUAGGCUCACAAGUGCAGCGAAAACCUCCAGCCAGCUACACGAAGGUAGUCGUGAAAGGUAUGGCAAAAGCAGAAAUGAUUAUUAAGGUCGUGAUGCAGCCAGUUCACCCAGCGCCGCUAUAUAUCGAGCAAUAUCUGAAACUAAUGCCCGAGAGCAAUGUUGUUGAAUUUCAUAAGAUACUUGAGAUGAAAAAUGUACGAAAAAUUGAACAACAGCAACUCGUUGAAGCCUACAAACGUGCUUGUCCCCAGCUGCAGCAACAAAUUCAAACAUCAUCUUCUACAUUAGCUUUCUCUGGUGAUAUUGGAAACAUUGCACAACUCACCGAAGUAACGUCUUCUGGGAAUCCAAUCCAGUCGCAGCAAAUAGCGGCUGCUGCAGCUGCGAUAAGUGGCGCUGGUUCCAGUAUAAUGGCCUUGGGAGACUCGCUGAUGGACAAGGGAAGAAUUAAAAAGAUAGAGAAUUUAAUCAAAAAUAGACUACCAAACUAGUACGGGACCUAUUACUUAUCAAGCAAGAGCGUAAUAGAAUGAAUAUCCAUAAA